UCCCCUCCAUAUCAUGUGAUUCAGGUGUUCCAAUCCCCUCCAUAUCAUGUGAUUCAGGUGUUCCAAUCCCCUCCUAAUCAUGUGAUUCAGGUGUUCCAAUCCCCUCCCAAUCAUGUGAUUCAGGUGUUCCAAUCCUCUCCAUAUCAUGUGAUUCAGGUGUUCCCAUCCCCUCCAUAUCAUGUGACUCAGGUGUUCCAAUCCCCUCCAUAUCAUGUGAUUCAGGUGUUCCAAUCCACUCCAUAUCAUGUGAUUCAGGUGUUCCAAUCCCCUCCAUAUCAUGUGAUUCAGAUGUUCCAAUCAUGUGAUUCAGGGGUUUCAAUCCCCUCCAUAUCAUGUGAUUCAGGUGUUCCGAUCCCCCUCCCAAUCAUGUGAUUCAGGUGUUCCAAUCCCCUCCCAAUCAUGUGAUUCAGGUGUUCCAAUCCCCUCCCAAUCAUGUGAUUCAGGUGUUCCAAUCCUCUCCAUAUCAUAUGAUGCUUGGUGAUUCAGAUGAGCUCAACAACACUGCAUCCAAGCCUUCCAUCACC